UAGUAACAGUAAGCUUGCAUCGCGCUCGUACUCCUAUUUGUUCGGAACAAACAUCAACAUGAUGUCGAAAAAUGGGCUGCCGCUUCCCCGAAACCUCAAACGACCAGCUAGUUCAGAAUUUAGUCCCACAAUUUUUCAUCAGAGCGGUCCCAUUCUUUUCCACUGACCUAGAGGUCCAAGAAGCUCGCUAAACCGUUCGGGAUUUGCGGAGAUCGACUUGCGUGGGCGCUCAGGUUAGGUGUUAGGCGUAUACACGUUUAUGGCUGCAAAACAUGCCGACAAAACACUCAAAGUCGUCGAAGAAAAGCGAGAAAGGUUAUAAGGGUGGCUUGGGGCAUGGGAAAAGGCAGGGUCGUGGUGGGCAGAACGGGGCUACCAUGGGUGCGCAGGCGGUGUCGCAGGCAGAUGUUGCUGUUGAAAGGACAACGAUGCUGCUGCAAAAGCAGGCUGAGUUGGACCAGAUUAUGGAUAAACAUGAUACCAUGGUGCGGGAGGUCUUUCACUUGGAGAAGUUCGUGACCCUCAUCGAAUAUGACCCGACUGUAAGUUCUUCUUAUUCUCCGCUUUUUUCGCACUUAUUGGUUCCCAGACGGCCAAGCAGGACAAUUCGAUCGUGUUUCAAGAGUAUAAAUCGAACUAUGACCUGCUCGAACGAGCCUCUACAUCGGCGGGUCCAUCGCGUGCUACAAGGAGGGCCCAUAUCGAGCGCGUUCAAAACCUCACCACACCACUUUUACCUUCCACGACUUCUCGAGUGCAUCCUGAACCCGAAUUGCCCCUCUCCGCUAAAUCAAAAGGAAAGCAGAAAGCGAUCGAGCCCGUCAAUGGUUCUGUGCCCAUUGAAUCAGUUGCGCCGAAUAAGUCUGGGAAAGCGAAAUCUAUAUCUCAACCCCCAAAGCUUAGACCUCUGGGCCCGAUUUUGCCUGUGGAUGGCGAAACUUCUAUCUCGGUGGGGCCUACACGUGGCAAGAAGAGAAAUAUAGCUGUUGCUUCUCCUACUGGUUCUCCCACCGUCCCCGCUUCCGCAAAAAAGAAGCGGAAAUACCAGGGGGGGCUCGCGUCGGAAGCGGUAGAUAUUCCUCA